AUGAAUGAAAAAACUUUUAAACUUCCAGAAAUUAUUGAUAAUGAAAACGGAUGGGGUCCCUCACCUGCCAUGUUUCCCGAGAAAUUUAGGGACAUACCAUAUGCACCAUAUAGUAAAGCGGACAAGUUAGGUAGAAUUGCCGAUUGGUCGACUCCAGAACAAAAAGAAAAAGAGAAUCAAUAUACAGCUUAUGGGAGUGGAGUAUCGAGUGCUUUCGCAUAUACACAUGACGAAGACGAAGCAUCUUUCUCUGUCGUCGAUAAUCGUACAACAGCACAGAAAAAAGCUUCACAAUUUCGUGUUACUGGUGGGACAAAGACUCGGCAAGGAGGUCGGGGAGGGCAGACUAAUCGUAACCAAAGAAAUGGUCAAUUCACCCGAACAGGUAUUCCCGGGAGAAAUAUGUUUACUGGAAAAAAUGCCGCUGCUGUUGUUAGAAGGAGAUUUGGCUGGAAAGACUAUGACAAGCCUCAACGCGCACGCGACGCUUCUGUCAACGUAGGACCUGAUUGGAAAGUACUUGAAGAAAUUGAAUUUAAUCGACUUUCUAAACUCAAUCUAGAAGUAGAAGAUGGCGAAGAUCUGUCAACUUAUGGAACUUUGUUUUACUAUGAUAAAUCAUAUGAUCGUGUGUCGACAAAGACAGAAAAACCUUUGCAGCAAAUAGAACGUGUUCGACAUAUUACUACCACUUCAAAAGAUCCGAUAAUUGAACAGCUCGCCAAAGAAGACGCAGCGAUGGUUUUUGCCACAGAUGCCAUUCUUAGUCUUUUAAUGUGUGCACCACGAACAGUCUACCCAUGGGACAUGGUUAUCAAUCGGGUAGGAAAUAAGUUAUUCUUUGAUAAAAGAAAUAAUGGUGUUUAUGAUUACAUCACCGUGAACGAGAAUGCUGCCGAGCCACCAAAUGAGACAGGUGACAAGGAUAAUAUCAAUUCACCGAGUGCCCUAGCGUUGGAAGCUACUCUGAUCAAUCAUUUUUUUGCAAACCAAGUUGUAAACGAAUCAGAAAAAUAUGAAUUCGAUAAGUCGAAUCCUUUUCCGAGUUCUCCUGAAGAAUUUGAAUAUUUGGCAUCAUGCGCGUAUCGUUAUCGUCGUUUUGAUCUUAGCGUAAAAGAAGAGGAAGAUUUAACUCUUAUUGUACGCACUCAGUUGGACUCUGCUGUGAAAACGACAGCAGGAGAUUCAUUCAUCACAAUUAAAGCAUUGAAUGAAUUCGAUUCUCGAGCACAAGGUGCUGCUGGUGCAUUGGAUUGGCGGCAAAGAUUAGAUACUCAACGUGGUGCUGUCGUAGCGACAGAAAUGAAAAACAAUAGUUGUAAAUUGGCCAGAUGGGCUGUGCAAAGUAUUUUGGCCGGAGCUGAUCAAAUGAAACUUGGAUACGUAUCACGUGUUUCUCCAAAAGACCACCUUCGUCACGUAAUUCUUGCCACACAAUAUUAUAAACCUCGUGAUUUCGCCACACAAAUGAAUUUAUCGGUUUCUAACGGUUGGGGUAUCGUACGAACUAUUGUUGAUCUUUGUAUGAAAUUGCCAGAAGGCAAAUAUGUCCUAUUAAAAGAUCCUAAUAAGCCGGUGGUUCGACUUUACUCGGUGCCUUCGAAUUCAUUUGAGGCUGAGGAAGAAGCAGCAUUAGAUGAUGUCGAUGAUUUAGAUGAGGAUGAAGAUAAUAUACCAUCGGAAAAAUAA